UGAACCUGCUUAACGGGCGAGAGGAGCGAGCAGGGAAGGAAAGGAAGGAAAGAAGGAAAGAAGAUCGGCCUGACGCUGUUGGGGAGGGAGAAGGGGGGGCAGGGAGGGAUUUAAAUACUCCCACCCGCUUCCACCGGCAACAUCUGCAAGGCAAAUCGGUGCCCCCGCCGCUUCCCUCCAGGAAACACCUUCAGGGAUCCACCGAGGAUCGCGCGGCCCCCUCGCGUUCGCACGCCGCCUCCCUCCCCCCUUUCCCCCUCCCACCCCCACCCGCCCCCCCCCCUCCGCCGCCGCCACUUUCUCUCGCAUGAUCUGCCUCGCACGGAUUUGCCAUUCGGAUGCCGCCUCGUCGGGAAGGCAGCUUGGAGCCGCUUUGAACCCGCGGCGGCAGCGGCAGCCUCACGCCGCCCUCCUUGUCUUCGUCGUCCCGCUCCCGCUCCUCCUCUCGGGCCAGUGCUAUGACAGGCAAACUCUUGGAGAAGCUGCCGGGGACCAUGAACACUUUGAUGAACCAGUUGCCUGACAACCUGUACCCGGAGGAGAUCCCCAGCGCCCUCAACCUCUUCUCUGGCAACGGCGAGGCGGCCAUGCCGCACUACAAUAGCCAGAUGGCAGCAGAUAAUGUGAUGGAUAUUGGCUUAGCCAACGACAAGCCCAGCCAAGACCUGUCGUCGUACUCUGGCUCCUUCCAGCCGGCGCCCGGCGGGGGCAACAAGACCGUGACCUACCUGGGCAAGUUCGCCUUCGACUCGCCGUCCAACUGGUGCCAGGACAACAUCAUCAGCCUGAUGAGCGCCGGCAUCCUGGGGGUGCCCCCGCCGCCGCCGCCGCCCUCCUCCGGGGCGCUCGCCGGCAGCACGCAGCAGCCCUCCGCCGGCAGCCUGGGCCAGGUGCAGGGGCAGGGCGAGCCCGACGGCCUCUACCCGGCGCUGCCGCCCUACUCCUCCUGCGGCGACCUCUACCCCGGUGAGCCCUCCUUCCACGACCCGCAGGCCGGCGCCGCCCUGCCCUACUCGCCCCAGGACUACCAGGCCGGCGGCGGCGGGGGCAAGCCGGCGGGCGGCCUCGACGGCAACCUCUUCCCCAUGAUCCCGGACUACAACCUGUACCACCACCCCGGCGAGCUGGGCGGGAUGCCCGAGCACAAGCCCUUCCAGGGCCUGGACCCGCUGCGGGUCAACCCGCCGCCCAUCACCCCGCUGGAGACCAUCAAGGCCUUCAAGGACAAGCAGCUGCACCACCCGGGCUUCGGCGGCCUCCCCCACCCGCAGCAGCCGCCGCCGCCCCUGGCGCUCAAGCCCAUCCGGCCGCGCAAGUACCCGAACCGGCCCAGCAAGACGCCGCUGCACGAGCGGCCGCACGCCUGCCCGGCCGAGGGCUGCGACCGGCGCUUCUCGCGCUCCGACGAGCUGACGCGGCACCUGCGCAUCCACACGGGCCACAAGCCCUUCCAGUGCCGCAUCUGCAUGCGCAGCUUCAGCCGCAGCGACCACCUCACCACCCACAUCCGCACCCACACCGGCGAGAAGCCCUUCGCCUGCGAGUUCUGCGGCCGCAAGUUCGCCCGCUCCGACGAGCGCAAGCGCCACGCCAAGAUCCACCUCAAGCAGAAGGAGAAGAAGGCCGACAAGGCCAACCCCAACCCCAGCGCCAACCCCAACCCCGCCAGCAGCGCCAACCCCUCGCCGCCCGGCGCGCUCGUCCCCGCGGUCACCACCUGCGCCUGACGCUCGGCCCGCGCCCCCCGCCGCCCCCGGCGCCCGGACUGGCCCGCCCCGCCCGAUCGUCUGGAUCCGUGGGGCUGGGCGGCGGGGGGCCCGGGCUGGCCACGCUGAAGAGCGCCGCCUCCCGCGGGGGGCCACCACCAAAGCGCCCGUGCGCGCCUGGCUGCUGGGCCUGGGGGCUGCUCCCGGGAGGGCCUCGGCCUCGGCCUCGCCCGCCCCCUCCCGAAGUGGACCGCAGAGAGAACCUGCACUCAGGACCUGUCUCCCCUCCCUCCCCCCUUGCAAGAAACAGAGUGGCCUUCCACCACCCCAGGCGGGCGCCUGACAGGAAUCCCCCCUCCUUCCGCACCCCUCCGCCUUUGCUGCUGCUCUUGCUGCUGCUGCUGCUCUUGCUGCUCUCUUGCCCCCCCCCCCGACCUCCACUCGCUCCCCCCUCCUCCUUGCUCGCAGCAAAAAAAAAAGACCCCUGGCUGGGCAUGGGCUGGACGUGGUUUUGGACCACCUCCGGUAGGGUUUCCUCUUUCUUUCUCCAGGGUCCGCCUUUGGCCUCUCCCUGCCCCCCGGCUCCAAUCCCCACCAGCACAGACCAUCUCUGCCACCACCCCUAGUUGAGUUCAGGUUGCCCCUGCCCAGACCCCCCCCCCUUCUGCCCGCCGGCCCUCCCUCUCUCCAGGGCCUCCCGUGGGUCUUUCACGAGCACUGUCCUGCCAGUCACUUUGGAUCCCGGAGGCAGCGGGGACAAAAUAAGGGGUGGGGGGAGGGGAGAACACCACAGCUUUAAUUGUUGUCUGUCUGUUUCGGGCGGGGAUUGAGUGGAAGGGAAAGAACCGGGAAAGGGGGGUACAGACAUUCCUAGACGUUAUUUCCUCCAAAGGAGGAGUUGGGGGAGGGGAGCAGCAUCACCUCCUCUAAGCCCGCGGCUCUUGGUGGGGUCACCCCAAACCCACCUCCAAGGUUUCUCUCCCUUGGGGCAGCUGGGGGAAGGGGGGUUAUCGACUGGGCUGAGCCUGGCUGGGAAAGGGGGGCUGCGGGGAUCGGGCUGCCUCCUUCCAUCUGACUUGAAUGUACUUUUGCUUCCUAGACACAUUUUUCCUCCUGAGGCUGGGAUACUGUUGGGGGAUGGAAGAGGCUGUCCAGUUUACAGGGUUGUUGUCUGUUUCCAAGGGUCACUUUAUGCACCCCUGGCCCCCUCCCUGUUCUUUUCAAAGCACUGUGUGUGUGUGUGUGUGUGUGUGUGUGUGAGUGUGUGUCAAAUUCAAAUGAACUAUUUAAGUAUUGAAAAUGCCAUUUUUUAACAAAAAGUGAAUGGAAGGUGGGUUUGCGGUUUCCAGGUCCUUCUAGCUCACCCUGGGAAUGUAAUUUUGGGAAAGAGGGCUAUCGGGCAUCAAUUUGGGGUGGUUUAUUUUUUAGCACAAGAGCAAUUCUUUCCAGAAAUGCAGAAAACAGUGUUUUACUGAGUACUUUUUAUAAUGUGAUUUUUUUUGUUUGUUUUAUUGGGGGGGUCACUUAAAAUUAAGGGAAGAGAAAGCAAUUUGCCCCUUUCCUUUUCUCCUCCAGGUACGUGCAUGUUACUUGCAUGUCUUGCUUUGUUUUUUCUUUCCUUUUGAUUUUUUGUUUUUGUUUUUAAUAAAACUGCUCAGAUAUUUAAGCAAAACAAUGAUGAUUAUUAAAAAAAACUUUGUUGCCAAAAGGUUGUGUUUUAUCCAGGUUUGAUGUCUGCAUGUUUAAAGAAACUAAAACAAAAAAAAAUCUCAGAGAGAAAAAAUGCAGUCUAAUUUAUGUGAACUGAAAGAAACAAAAAUCAGGUUUAACUACAAAAAAAAUCUAAGGGAAUGAUAUUUUUUGAAAGACUUUUGUAUAAAGUUGAGUACUUAGAAAAAAAGACAAACCAGAUGUAAUAUAUUUUGUGGAUGUUUCUAUUUCUUGGAUUUAUAGUACCUUAUACUAAGGUUAAAAUGCUUGAUAUUGUGAAAAAGAAAGUGAUAAUUUUCACACACAUUUCAUUUGCUCAUUUGUCACGUUGUAAUGCAAAUAUGAUAAUGCAUAGAGCAUUUUAAAGGGGGAAAAUCAGAAGUUUUGAACUGAUGUCUUGUUGUACCAUUUGCACUGUGAGCAAAUGCUAAUGCAGUAAAGAUAUUGUGUUUGCUGACAAUCAAA